AUGGCAUCCAAGAACAGAACCGCGUCCGACACACACGAUGAUCUCGCCCCUCAGCCUUGCAAGAAGAAGACCCGAGUCCACAGCCCCGACAAGACCUCCAACGUCAAUACUGGCAUCUCGAACGACACAAGGUCCCCUGCCAAGGCCGAUGAGAUUACUUUGCCCCGUCAGAUGAAGGACCACCCCAAGCAGGGCUACAAGAGAGAUGACUCCAAUAUCCCAGAGAACCGAGGCCAGCUAGAAUUCACCACCUCGGGUUCGUCCAAGCCCAACAAUGAGAUUCUGCCAAGCAUCGUCGACGAUGUUGCCUACGAUGCAGAUGAUGAGAGCGACAUCAAGUUCAUUAAUGCCGAAACUUACUACCAGUUUGAGAGGGCUCAGCGCAUGAUGAUGUACCGCUGCAACCAGGUCGAGAUUGACCUCGGUCACCAGUCGCCAUCAACAGAGGCGUCUGGCUCUUCUAUGGAGUGGGAGCCUCUUCAAAGCCGUCUGGAGACGAUUCCAGAAGAAGAUUCGGAGCUUUCUUCAUCUUCAGUGGCAGACGAAUGGGUCUGGCCUGAACGAGUCGACAUAUCCGAGGGUCUUGAUUUUCACUUCAACUAG